AUGGAGCCGCAGAAAGACCCUCUCUCCGUCUUCAAUCACGUCGACCUACGCAUCCGUGGCUCGCAAGUCAAGUCCUCUGACUUCGCUGUCUUCUCCAAACGCUGCAAGCUUAAGGUUCCCGGAACUGCGAUGAAUGCGUUAGCCGCUGUCUUACAGCAUGUCUCGGAGGAGCAGGGCAACAGCGGCUCCGCCAUCUUCUCUUCAUGGCUUGGUCCACUCAUCUGCCACGACGUUCCCCAAAACACAUUCUACGGAACAAUUAACGGCCACAUCGAAAAUGCGUGUAACGGAUCUAUGGCAAUGCUGUCUGCCAAAAGCAUCUGGAUCUUUCCCAUGUGCAAAGGUAACCCGUCCCAUUGGGUUUUGGGUUGGCUUGAGCUCGCCACACGUCGAUACCACAUCUUCAAUAGCGUUCCUGAGCUCCCUAUUCUGUGGGCUGAGCCGGCUCUUCUCGAGAUUGGCGACACAGUCUUUGCACAUCUUGGGGAGAUGAAGGUCGAUUGGGAGUCCUGGAAGCUGAUUUCACAUUCGCCGGCGCCGCUCGAUUGCCAGAUGAAUGGCUGGGACUGUGGAAUUUUCGUCAUUCAUGUAAUGCUCGUGUUGGUGAAUGGAUGGGACAUUUCCGAGGUCAAGAACAGUGAGACGGAGCGAAUUCGACAAGCCGCCCGUAAGCUCGUUGAGGAGAACCUGGUUCUGUUCAAGCCAUAUGCAACCCCGCUGCCGCAAGAAAAGGUCCAGUCUACAGCUGCAGCGGUAUCAUUACCAGUGACUGCUUCUGACUCUACCUCGGACAACGCGCCAACACUAAAUAUCGCGUCUUCACGAACGGAUGAUGUGACACCAAAUCCUGAAUCUUUCGAUCUCUCCAUCAAACCAGGUAAUGAGAUACAUCCCAGCAUCGUCUCCGGCUCCAGCUUAAAGCGUAAACGGCCAUCUUCCAGCACUAUAUUUUCGGACUCAGACUCAAACUCUCAGUCAGACGAUGAUGGCACCCCGAAAAAGCUGGCGAAGAAGGCCUGGACUAAGCGGCGAGGAAAGGGGACAAAGGUUUAUGAGCGGGAGCAGAGUUUACUUGCAAAUAAGUGGGUUGAUGAGGUUGAAGCGCAUCGUGUCAAGUGCCGUGGCUGUCACAAGUGGAUCAAGCUCGACAAGAACGUCAAAUUCAAGCCAAACAACUGGGUUAUCCACGAGGGAAUAUGCCCAAGCAUUACAGGCACUACGACAUAUCGCAGCAAGGCUAUCACGAAGAAUUCUGUUGCAAUUGUCAACGGAAAUGGCUCGAUCAAGAAUUUCUUUCACAGCAAGCGGGCGACUGCUCCUUCGGCCAAACUGUCGGGGUCGGUUACAUCUGAGUCAAGUACUACCUGCGUGGAUAUGGUCGGUGCUAGCACCAGUAAUCUUCAUCCAUCGGAGUCAACCACUUACAAGAUAUGCCGUGUCGCAGCAACACCAAGUAUUGCGACCCUCUUCAUGCCAGGGCCAAUCAAGUCAAAUUCUCGUCCCCCGAUCUCAAUACCUUCCCCUCCUCAACUACAAUCAUGUCAACACCUCACCGGCCCUGCAUACAAAUCAUAUAUUGAACUGACAGAAACACGAAUGAUGGGUGGGGUGUCUGUUGAGCUUCGAGGCCGAGUUGCGCGGCAGCUCUUUCCGUACAAGUCAUUUGCACCAUUCAAACGUGGGUCGGUGGCAUCCAAGGUGUCAGCCGAUGUACCGAGCAACGGAAAUGUGUUUGUACCCUACUCGGAUUGGACAGAUGAUGAGCGCCGAGCGCUGGAGGAUGCAGUAAGCGGGUUUGCGCGUUGGGAAGUGAAUUUUGCAAAGAAGAGUAUUCGGUCGACACGCUGCGAGGGCACAACAACCAAUGCGGACCGGGUUUGCAGGGAAUGUACCAAGGUUGCGAAUGAUGCCGCACUCAAGCAUGCAAUCAACAUUAAAAACAAAGAGGCAGCUCUAUCGAAUGAAGAACAGCAUCGACUUCUCUUAGCACGUCAAAAAUAUUCGUCACGCCGUUUCCUUGACUAUGCUGCUGGUGAACUGAAGGGCAAGCUGGACGACCGCUUGGUAUUCGAUACUUUCAAAAUUCUCCAAAAGGGCGAAAGUACAGAUUGUUUUAUCCAGCUUUACGAUGCCUGCCGGAAAGGCGACCUUCAAAAGCACGAGACUUUCCGCCAAAUGUGUGUUGUCCUUGCUGACACGCUCCAACGUAAAGACACAACAAAGAAAUUUGGCGUCCGUUACCCUAAAGAUUAUCUCAACUUCUGUAUCCUACUCCGUUCAUAUGGUGCCCAGUCAGCAAAGCAGUUUGCGCUUAUUGCCGGCCAACUUCCCAUGCCUUCCCCACGUCAUCUGCGGGCACUUGUAGCCAAUUCAGAGGAUGCACUUCAGAAUCCCAAUCUUACUUUCGAGAAUUUGGCACGCGUUAAGCGUCUGGUGACGGCCAUCAAGUAUAACGGGCCAGUCUGUGUUGCGGGAGACUGUACAAAAGUGCGGACACGGCUUACCUACUCCAGCGAGUUUGGCGGGCAUAUCUUGGGAAGCGUUCUCCCCUUGGAGGAAUGCAUCGCUGAGACACCAGAUGAUAUCGACAACAUCAUUUCGAAGAUAAUCAAAUCUAAAACGCAGGCGUCCCAAGUUCGAGCCAUUCUGAUUAAAGCCGUGCCAGCAUUGACAAGACAUAGUCCUCCCAAACCUGGCCGAGAAGAAUGUCCACCAAAUAAACCCACUCUCUGUUGGCUCAUUUAG